AUGCCAAACCACAACGUCCGAAUCUUCAUAGUCGGCCCCUCGGGCACCGGCAAAACAACUCUCAGCAAUGUGCUCGCAGACCUCACCGCCUCGCUGCCGACCGCGCCGCAUGCUGGGGGUGUUUACCGGGCCACGCAGGGUGUGAGGAUACUGGAAUUUGACCGCCGCAUCCCUCCCCUACCCAACUCUGGAUCCACGCGUCCGAUGGAUGUGGCCUGUGAGGUGUGGGAUUGUAGCGGGUCGCCUCGGUUCACCGCAUCAUGGCCAGCCCUCACGCCCUCCGCCCACGCCGUGAUCUUCGUGGCGAGCGGGGAGACCCGGGAGCGUGAUUUAGAGGCUUGGCACUCCCAAUUCCCCCACCUCCCCCCCUCUUCCAUGGUGCUCUUCUCCCCCUACGCGUCGAAAUCAAAACCGUUCAAACCAACCUCAAAUUCCCCACUGCACGCCCUUCCCGUAGUCACCGCCUCCUGGGAAUCCGACCCGGAGGUCGUGCGGCAGGAGUUCGAUAGAGUGCUCGCGGGGGUUGUUGGUGAGAUGGUUGGUGGGAAGAGGGGUGAUGCUGGGGAUGGGGGAGGAGAUUGGGCGGGGAUGGAGAGGGUCGUUGUUUGA